UUGCCCGUCGGAUACCACCUGUCUGCCCGCAGCUCUGCUAUUGCUAGCUGCCCCGGCCACGCCCAAGUAUAAAUACCGGCUCAUAGGCAAGUGCUUCGCCAUCCCAUUCCAGUGACCAAUCCACACUGAUCCCAGUAGCUCUCAUUGUCCUCACGCUUCGACUCGCUUGCUAGAUCUUUGGGUUCUUGUGUGUUGUGAUCGCGCGAUGAGGACGGUGGCGCUUGGCAUUGUGGCGAUGGCCUGCCUGGUGGCCAUUGCGCAUGGAGGCAACUUCUUCCAGGACGCGGAGGUGUCGUGGGGGCAGGGCCGCGGCAAGAUCGUCGAUGGUGGCCGUGGGCUCGACCUCACGCUUGACAGGAGCUCCGGCUCUGGGUUCCAGUCCAAGAGCGAGUACCUCUUCGGCAAGAUCGACAUGCAGAUCAAGCUCGUCCCCGGCAACUCCGCCGGCACCGUCACCACCUUCUACUUGUCGUCGCAGGGUUCGACCCACGAUGAGAUCGACUUCGAGUUCCUGGGGAACGUGACCGGCGAGCCGUACACGCUGCACACCAACGUGUUCACGCAGGGGCAGGGGCAGCGCGAGCAGCAGUUCCGCCUCUGGUUCGACCCCACCCAGUCCUUCCACACCUACUCCAUCAUCUGGAACCCACAGCACGUCAUAUUCGCGGUGGACGGGACACCGAUCAGGGACUUCAAGAACCACGAGGCCCGUGGCGUGGCGUUCCCCAAGAGCCAGCCGAUGCGGGUGUACGCGAGCCUGUGGAACGCGGACGACUGGGCGACGCAGGGCGGCCGCGUCAAGGCGGACUGGAGCAAGGCCCCCUUCGUCGCCUCCUUCCGCGACUUCAACGCCGACGCCUGCGUCUGGUCGAACGGCGCGCAGCGCUGCCCCGUCGGCACAAUGGAGACCGUCGCAGCGCCGGCCGGCGGCAGGAGGGGCGGCGCCGGCGGGUGGUGGAACCAGGAGCUCAGCGACAUGAGCUACCGCCGCAUGAGGUGGGUGCAGAGGAAGUUCAUGAUCUACAACUACUGCACUGACGCCAAGCGGUUCCCCCAGGGCACCCCCGCCGAGUGCAAGCUCCGUUGAGAUCGACACGAGAAGAUGAUCAUAACGUACGCUACGCAUGCAUGAUCCGUCAUCGAUGAAAAAAAUGAUGAGAAGAGCACGUCAGAUGGCGAAUAAUGAAUGUGUUUUGUUGCCACGGAGAUGUAAAUGUAGUAUGCAUAUCGCAUUCUUUGAUAUCUUUUUGUAACACGGGGUCGAUGUACGUACCAAGUUUGAUAAAUUUUAGUGAGCUGCUUUUAGCCAGAAGAUGGAUCCCUUUGUGGGUUUUGGCCA